CCUGAAACAAAACCUUAUUGUAAAAUUUUGACAUUUGCAUUGAAAUAGACAAGAUAAUCGUGCUUUGCUUACAAAACUGUCUUAAAUGUAACCAAAAAACUAUUUUUAGAGAACUGUUUAGCCCCACUUUCCCUGCCACCCUAAAAAGCAAGCUACUCGUUGCCACAUGUAUCCGACCACACUGGAUGGCACACAAUGGCACAUGGCACAAAAUAUGAAUGAACAAAUCUCUGAAAAUCUACGCAAACAUAAGACCCCAAUACUUUUGCCUAAAACAUCUCCCAUCUAACACAUUUCGCCAGGGAUACAUAAAACCAAUCUCAACCUAUGGUAAAAAUCUCAAACUACCUGACUACAGUGACGGUCUAAAGUUUUGUCACACUAAAACUAGAUAUUGCACAUUAUCAAAUGCAUUACACUCUACCCUUUACAACAAAUCUAUUUUAUGUAAUUUUUAGAGCCUCAAAUGUUAAACAACGAUUUGUAACAGUUAAUUAUAAAAGUUAACUGUGCAACCAACAUUGUUUUUAGAAAGAGGGAUGAAAUAACGGCACUUUCUUUAGAAUGUUUGAUUUGUCAAAAACAUGGGGUAGGGGACUCCCUCUUACUUAGAUGGUACAUUGUACCACAUUUCAUUGUAAAUAUCGUGUUGCUAGAAUAGCCUUUGGGUUAAAACUGUUUUCUUUUACUUCCUCGGAAAGAUAAUUUUACAGACCGACAGGAAAGGGGAUCAUUGCUUAAAAACAUUUCAUUGAUGAUGGUUUUCCGAAGUUUGAUUGUAUCUUUUCUUUCACGAUCUUCUUUUGUUACUUACACUUCCACAAAAAACCGGACCUUAGCUACGGAAGAUCAUUUUAUCUAUGCUUUUCAUCAGAUGUUGAGAAUGUACACAGCUGAUAAUACAGUUUCCCAUUAAGUUUCAAUAUUAGUAACAUCCCAUCCUUGUUGGAGGUUAGCGUUCCCGGAGCACUGUUGAGGAAGUCUCGAAAGUUACGACUUGGUGAGUGGAUAAGAUCAAGGCGCCGGUCUUUGUUCGUUAGAUGUGAUCAAGUGGAUAAAUCGAAUUUGUUAAGAUUUUUAGACUGGGCCGGAGCGCACACAAUAGGACAAGUCCUCGGAGAGUUGCAGCAAGCCCCUCGGUGGAUCAAUUGUAGCACCCGCACGCUUAUAUAGCUGUCAGCCGGAGCUCUUUGGUAAUCACACACGGACGCGGUUGCCGCACGUCUCGGAUUCCUUACCGUCGUUUAUCGAGAAUUGAUCGUUGUUUAUCGAACAUGGCCAUUACUAUCGCAGUCUUUCUUUUCGCUUUGAUUCAAAGCGGCUUCGCUUACUGGUGGGCACUAGGUACUGGAGGAUUGAACGUAAUGACGCGACAAAACGUGAGAAGCAUCGAUGCAUCGUCGAUCUGCGGUCAGCUACCAAACAUUUCUGACAAACAAAAGAAGCUUUGCAGGGAAUAUUCUGACUUACUACCUAGUGUAGCAUUGGGUGCAAGGAUAUCAAUUGAAGAAUGCAAGUUCCAGUUUAAGAAUAACAGAUGGAACUGUCCAGUUAAUGGGGAAAAUUCAGUAUUUGGAAAAAUUCUAGAUAAAGGAACAAGAGAGUCUGCAUUCAUUCAUGCAAUAACUGCUGCUGGUCUGGCUUCAGCUGUGACGGAGGCAUGCGCACAAGGAAAGUCCACACAUUGUCAUUGUGACAGAAGAUACAGGAAAUCGCCGGCGAAUGGCGGCUGGAGAUGGGGCGGUUGCAGCAGAGAUUACAGUUUUGGCCUGAGAUUUUCAGAAAGGUUUGUUGAUUCUUCCGAAGACGGAAAAAGAAAAACACCAAGAAGGGACAUGAAUAAGCAUAACAACCGCGCUGGUAGACAGGCAAUUAAAGACGGUUUAUACACUAAAUGCAAAUGCCACGGUCUUUCCGGAUCAUGUGAACUAAAGACGUGUUGGAUUAAUAUACCAAAAUUCCGCUCUGUUGGAGAAAAACUCAAAGAAAAGUACAAGAAUGCUCACGAAAUGAAAGUUGUAAUGAAGCCAAGAAAGGGAUCAAGCAAGCGGUACAGAAAGUUGAGGCCCAAGAGCAAGAGCGGUGAUAAACCAAAUCCAGGAGAUUUGAUAUUCUAUGAAAAAUCGCCAAGCUUUUGCCGAUCUGAUGCAAAAUCGGGCUCAAUCGGAACAAAAGGACGUGAAUGCAAUAUCACAUCAACAGGUGCUGACGGCUGCGAUCAAAUGUGCUGUAGAAGGGGAUAUGACUUUAAGGCAGUAGCCGUUACAAAAUCUUGUAACUGUAAAUUUGUCUGGUGCUGUAGUGUCCGAUGCCAGAAAUGCACGGUUAUCCAAAAGGUCUACACUUGUAGGUAGAUCUCAAGGAUGCAACUUUAGCAAGUAGGAUUGCACAUUGCGUUAAUGAUCGAUUUUGAAGUUUAAUCGUGGCAAUGGCCCCUAAAUAGCUUCAAUGGCCCUCCGGCCGUCCCUCCUACUACAGAAAAGCCUACCAGCCGUCUUCUCUAAUUACACCCCAAUCCUCACCUGCCCUAUAUAUGCACUGAUUUUUAAUUUCAAAGUAUUAUUAAUCCCGUGGUUCUUUAAUCCGUAUGAAUUUAGAGUCAGUUAUUUUUGCCCUACUCGCAGUUAAAACACUGAUAGUUCUUGGUUAAAACACUGCUAGAUGCUGUAGGAUUGGGGUUGUAAUACCAAUGUUUGUUGUUCGGGGGAAUGCAACGUUUAGAGGGCCACUCGAUUGUGUCUCUGACUGCUUAAACACCCAGCAAGUUGUAAUAUAUUUGUUUCGGAAGCACUAGGGGUGCUUCUUAUUGGAAAGUCGUUGAAGACGUAAAAUAAUUAUGACACCUAUUUAUUAUGCAUUAAAUUUUUAAUGUAAAUGUGUAUAUAUUCUGUCAUGAAAACUUUGUGCUCUUUAAUUAUGAAGCAUCGAUUAACUGGCAAAAAUAACUCUUUAACCCAGAUAAGAACACGUAGAGAGAUAUAUGUAUAUAGCUAAGCUUUGGUGUUUGCCUAAAAAAUCGUUUAUGUUUGAUAAAGUUGGUGAAAGUAACUGACUCGUGACUGUAUUUUGGUUUUAUGUAGCUUAACAAGACUGACACCAAGAAUCAAAUUGCUUAAAUAUAUAUUAAGAAAAUUUGUUUUGUACUAAAAUUAGAUUGACGCACCAAGGUUAAUACGUAACUAUGAUAAGAUUUCUUGCAUAUCCAAAACUUGGUUAAACCUUUAAUAAAACAUUUGAGUGAGACCUUUGUAAAUGUUCCUUGACUGCCACAUGAGCUUCAAUACAAUACAAGGAUUUCCGUGUACAGUCAACCGGAGUUUGGAAAGAAAUAUGGACUAUUAUAUGCUAUCAGGGUGCUCACGUGUUUUCCAUUCCAAAGUGGAUGACGUAGCUUUUGAUCUUCUGUUCGAUGAUCGCUUAGGUAACUUUUUUAAUAUCAAUUUUUAAGCAUCUAAUUUAUUGUCAUCUUAUAAACCGGUAAUCAAAUCCAUAUUUAUACCUAAUAAUUGAUACUGCAAAUGCACUGUCAAAUCGAAAUUAAUUGAGAUUUGCAAAAAUUUUGUUUCUCUCUGUUGCCAUUCUAUUUUACUUGAAACUCUAUUAGAAUGAAAGAAGGGACACCGACAAUCCUUUCAUUUGUGUAGGAUUGCUAAAUUACGAAAUAUUAGCAUCAAGAGUUUAGAUUUUAGAAAGUGAGAAAUCUGAAACCAAUUAGUGUUUUAAAUUCCAAAUCAAAUUCAUAUUGAUGCAAAUGUACGUCUAUCAAAAUGAUAAAUCUUUUUAAAGCAGUGAAUUGAAGAGGUGAAUUGAAACUUAUUUGAAGAGGUGAAUUGAGGAUAAAGAUUCUAAAUAUAAGGUAGAAAACUAAUAGUUACUGAAACACAACAGUUAUGUCAUGUAAAUUGUUCAC